AUGGAAGGCAGUGGCACUGGAUGGACUGGAGGUCUGCUGCCCUCUGUAGGCGAAGAGGCAACUAAGGAGCACUCAGUCUUUGAGGUGGCUGUCCAGAACAGCUUGGCCAACCACAGCUCCCUGUUUGCAGACGUGGCUCUGCUGCAGAGCUUCAAGCUGCUCAUUAUCCCAUGCUACGCCCUGGUGGUGGUGGUGGGUGUGUUGGGGAACUACUUGCUGCUCUACGUCAUCUGCCGCACCCGCAAGAUGCACAAUGUCUCCAACUUCUUCAUCGGGAAUCUGGCCUUCUCAGACAUGCUGAUGUGUGUGACCUGUGUACCAUUCACCCUGGCCUAUGCCUUCAACCCCCGUGGCUGGGUGUUUGGAAGGUUUAUGUGCUACCUGGUGUUCCUGAUCCAGCCAGUCACAGUUUACGUGUCUGUCUUCACCCUCACCGCCAUUGCUGUCGACAGGUACUAUGCCACUGUGCAUCCUCUGAAGAAGCGCACCUCGGUGGCCACCUGUGCCUAUGUGCUGUCAGGGAUCUGGCUGCUGUCCUGUGGUCUGGUGGCUCCAGCUGUGGCCCACACCUACCACGUGGAAUUCAGAGAGGAGGGCCUCACCAUCUGUGAGGAGUUCUGGCUGGGGCAAGAGAAGGAGAGGCUAGCCUACGCCUAUAGCACCUUGCUGGUUACCUACGUCCUGCCACUCUCUGCCGUCUGUGUCUCCUACCUCUGCAUCUCUGUCAAGCUGAGGAACUGUGUGGCACCGGGACAUCGGACCCGGGACCAGGCAGAGGCACAGCGAGCCCGGAAGCGGAAGAUCUUCCGUCUGGUUGCGCUGGUUGUGGCGGCCUUUGGGGUGUGCUGGCUGCCCAUUCACGUGUUCAACGUAUUGCGUGACAUCGACAUCCGCCUCAUCAACAAGCGCCACUUCCUGCUCAUCCAACUAAUGUGCCAUCUGUGUGCCAUGAGCUCGUCCUGCUGUAACCCCUUCCUGUACGCCUGGCUGCACGACCGCUUCCGCGCCGAGCUGAGGAAGAUGUUCACCUGCCACCGCCGCAUCGGCAUCCCUGCCAACCACUGUGCUACAGCCAGCGUGGCCCUGUGA